AUGGGCAGUGCGCGGAGAGGGCGGUUUCGCCCGUUUCUCGCCCUGCUGCUCUUGACACCCAUCGUACUGCAGUGUGUUCUGUUCACGCUGGGAGCGGACGCCUUUCGCCAGCACCGCUCCACACGAAAGAACUCUGAGUUGAGCUCAGGCGACCAGCUCUUUCCCCAAGGUGCAACUGGCUCGCGGGCUGGUCGGCCAACGAUGCUCAUCGCCGCCCUGUUAGACGGUACCGUGCGCGCGCUGGACGUCCCGUCGGGACAAACCUUGUGGCAUAUUAACACGGACCCUGUGGCUUUGGAUGGCGGGUAUAAUACACGCGCCAAGAGCGACGACCAGCUAGGGCAUAGCCCGACGUCGGGUCUUGCGCGGAGGGAGGCAGCGGCGUCGACGCAGCAACGCCAGCGUUCCGGGAAGGGCACAGACGGACCGCCGGCUAACACUCUUAAUCGAGACCAGUCGGUGCCGUCCCCAGAGCCGUAUCAUGGCGACGCUCGUGUUGCGGAGGUAAGCAAACCGCUUCCAUCGCAGCCAGCGCCUGCACCUGCGGUGCCGUACGGCAUUCCAAUACAACGGCGCGAGACUCGGGCGUUUACAGUGCGGCUCCGGGAUGGCGAGCUUCUCCGUCGCAUAUCCUUCGAGGAUGACGAGGCAAGCAGGCGCUGUAAAUGGGAUGAUGCGACCUCAGCUGGAGGCGGUGCAACUGGGAUCGGCUCGCGCCCGGAUCAGAGGCACUCGGAGCAGCCCCUUGAAAAAGAGAAUGCGGAACCAGUGCUCGUGAUUACGCGGACGGACUCGGGCAUGCGGUUUGUGGAUCCACUAACAGGAGAAGCAAGCUGGAACGUGACCUACGCUGACUAUGAAAUGUAUCUAUUGGACGAACCCGCGCAUUAUGCGGGCGAGUUUUUAGCACCCUUUCUUUUCGGACGAAGAGUUUUGGCGGGGGAAUCACGCUGUCCCGCGCGCCACAUGGUGAGCAGUGAUACCCUCGAAGAGUCUCCGCUCGAUCCCGAAGACCCGCAAGUGCCCCGAGCUGCGCGACCUGUCCAGAAUAAGGCUCGCUAUGUUGCGAUACUGGCAGAUAAUGGACGCUUUGUCGUCGUACGCGACGCCGACAGAGGCACCACGAUGUGGUCUGCAGAGUUUCCAUACCCGAUCUUAUCGCUCCGCGCUAUCGGCGAUAUCGUUCUUAUCACAGACACUGCGGCAAGCUCACCGGUAGCACUGCCUGAUGGAGGCACCAGCGACGCCGUUCGCGCUACCCGGCACUUUUGGCAAUGGUCUCGCCCCGUGCCGCUGCAAUCACCGGACCCGCCUACGACUUUGCGAUACCGGGAUGAAUGGCAGCAAAUGUGCCUGCCGCCGUCUGCUGAGUUGUAUCGAAAGCCGCGCGGGAUGCCACAGAACGCUUACAGCUCGUUUGGCACAUCGGUGUAUGACCACGCGCCCGUCCACGGAGGCGUGCUUCUUGUGGUCGCGAUAUUUUUUGCAGGCAUUGGGCCGCUAGCUCUAGCGCUCGCACUCUGGACCAUAUGGCGCAUGCGACGGACCGAGCGUGAGCAGCGUCACUCGAGCGAGCGUCAAAGGACACCGAGUCCGCCACCAGUGUUGCGGCGUCGGGAGACGAAGCGGGUGAUGAUGAUGACUGGCGCAACGCAGCCGCGAGCUGCCCGCGCCCAGGAGAACGACAGGUCACGAGGCUUUGAGCGCUCUUCGCUGGUACCGAAGCCGGUUCCAAUUCAGCGAGUCGAACGCCCGCGCUCUGUAACGGACUCUGCAACAGGCAGUGAGGCACCGUUGCCGACCGGCUACCAGAAAGUGGGACGGCUUCUCAUUUCGCCGAACGUCAUCGGAUACGGGAGCCAUGGAACUAGUGUCUACGAGGGACUCCUUCUACCUGGAUACCGCAGGGUUGCAGUCAAACGACUUUUGAAAAGUUUCUACCAAAUUGCGCGGCGAGAAAUUGAGGUUCUGAUUGAACUCGACGAAUCCUGUCAACACAUCUUGCGAUACUACGCCAUGGAGGAGAGCGGCGACUUUAUCUACGUAGCGCUGGAGCUUUGUGCAGGUUCCUUGCAGGAUCGUGUAGAACGAGGCGAGCUUCCUGCGACUCGUUGUCCACUGCUGGACGAGCUGUCCACAGAGGUCGAUAGACGCGCGGCGGGUCCGCUGCAGCUCGGUCCGCCGCCUGCCACCGUCCGGGCGCUUCGUGGUCUCCUGCUAGGUAUUGCGGAAUUACAUGAUCACGGCAUUGUACAUCGCGACCUGAAGCCGGCGAAUGUGCUGCUGGCCAUAGGGUCUGAUGAUAUCGUGAAAAUCGCAGACGUUGGUCUUGCAAAACGGUUGGAUGCGGGUCGGGGCUCCUUCACAGCUGGUGCGACUGCUGUGGGCUCGGUGGGGUGGCGACCCCCGGAGGUUCUCCGGGGCGCCUCGCUUUUCGAGGGACUCAAUAGUGUGCACAGCGAAACAAGCGCUGUCGAUGAUGCCCGGGAGCGAGCUGGCGACGCAACCGCCUGCGAGUCAAUGACGCAUUCGGAGAACGGUGGAGCGGAUGCGGCACGACCUGCGCGGCUAACUCGAGCAGUUGACAUCUUCAGUGUCGGCUGUAUUACCUACUAUGUACUAACAAUGGGGAGUCACCCGUUCGGAGAGCUUGUCUUUCAACGUGAUGCGAACAUCCUGGCGGGUGCAGCGGACCUCAGCGCGCUUCGUGCUUGGCCCGAGGCCUUUGACCUCGUUCGCCUUGCGAUUCAGCAUGAACCAGAGCGGCGUCCGUCGGCAAAGGCGCUCCUUGGUCAUCCGUUUUUCUGGAGUGACGCUCGGAAACUCCAGUUUCUCAUUGACGUGAGUGAUGCGCUGUUCGAGCACCCAGACAGCCGAUACCUUCGACAAGAGAUCGAACGGGGCUGCGAGUCGACAGUGCUGGGCCCGCUGGGCAACUGGAGCCUUCGUAUGGAUACCAGUGUGCUGCUGAGCCUGCGCGGGAGGAGUUAUAACGGUUCGAGCAUUGUUGAUCUGCUGCGUCUCGCUCGCAACAAGCGCACCCACUACCAUCAACAGCCGGAUGCGGUGAAGGCGCUCCUGGGCCCCAUUCCGGUGGAGGAUGACCCCAUGGAAGUGCGCUCCCGCGACAACGCCGUGAACACCUCCACGCUCGAGACAACUCGUGCCAAAGCAUCGACCAACUCCAAUCUGUACACAUAUUUUGCAAGUCGCUUUCCGAAUCUGUUCAUGCACGUGUAUGCGUUUGCGAUUCGAACUGGGCUGGCGCUCUCCGAGCACUUUCAGCGAUAUCCGUCACGCGAACUCAUCCAGUACUAUGAACACGACGAGAGUAUCUUUUCGCUCACGACGAACACGUCCACCGGGCCCGGGGAAUCGUCCACCAGCGCCAUGCCCGAUAGCUCGUCGUCGUCGUCGUCGUCGUCGUCGAGUGCAGAAGCGGAUGUGCAUACAACAGCGUCUGUUGUUGCUGACGAACGAGUGCCGUCGACACAGACCACGUUACCGUCAUCCAGGCCGAUGCCCGGUCGCCGAGUCUACAGUCGAGCGUUAUUCGACCGCGUUCGCCAGGAGAUCAGCGAGAAUCCGGGGCUUUCCGAAGAACUCGAUGCGUCGCUUUUGCAGUUGAGCGGUCCACAUCCAUUGCGCCGACGCAGCUGCGAAUUCUUCCUCGCGAGCACCGUCGUGAACAAACCCGAACGGGAUCACGGUGCUGAAGUCGACCAGGCGCUGAUGCGUCUACCAUCGUUGCUGGCUCCUGUUUCGUCGGCUUCCUGGCAAUCGCUAGCCUCGUGA